AUGGCGAAAGACUCUAUCACUGUUUUCCCCAGAAACACUGGGACUACCGAAGAUAUCGGCGCGCAGUUUGCUCCCGACUUAAAUAAAACAGAUACAACCGUCUGGAAAUCUUUUUCCAAGUAUGCAUGCUUUGAUUGUGAAGCACAGCGACAAUGGUGGAACGACAGUGGAGCGCUUAUUGCACGGUUCCUCAACUUGACAAAUGCGGAUAUUCAUGAGCAGUAUCAGUAUCUACUCUUCAUGCGAGAAGUGAUUAUUCCAGCACUUGGCCCGUACCCACCUCUCCGCCGCUCCCGUAUGAAUGCCACGGAAAUCGGGUUCGAGUUUAGUCUCAACUUUCAGGGGGCUGAAAAGCCAGUGUUUAGGUUCAAUAUCGAUCCUAUCAGCAAAAUCACUGGCACACAUAUGGAUCCCUUGAACAUUGAUACAGUCAACAGUAUGGUAGCGCGACUAGCCGUCAUUGGCUUCAAAGGCUUUGAUCGCACACUUCAUCAUCACUUUACGCGCGAAUUCUUCAUGCCCGAGCAAAGCAUGAAGACCCACCAGCAAGAUAUUGGAGAGGCCAAGGCAUGGUCGCAGACGAUCCUUGGGCUUGACUUCAAGGACGGCAAUGUGGUAGUUAAACAGUACAUCUGGACCCGAUACGCGGCUCAUACGUCUGGACUACAUCCGCAUGCUCUUAUUCGUCGUGCGAUCUCGCGGGUGGACGACCAGAUGCGUUGUUCCGCGGCCGUCAAUACUGUUCUAGAUUAUAUGGAGACAUACAACGCUGAUCUGCCGGUGAAAUUCUUCAGUUGGGACUUGGUCGACCCGUCCAAAUCACGACUGAAGCUUUACGUCAUUACCCGUCAAUGGUCCUGGGACAAGGUGAGAGAGGUUUGCACGCUUGGAGGGAAGCUUCACGGGCCGGUGACGGAUCGCAGUAUUGGCCUCUUGAAGAGGUUAUGGGACAUCCUGGAGCUAGACAGAUUUACACCAUCAAUGCCAUUCACAUGGAACUAUGAAAUCCGUCCUGGCCGAAACUACCCCGAUGUCAGAACAUACUUCCCGAUUUGUGACCGAAGUGAUGAAGAAGUUGCACAGGCUGUGUCACAGUGGUUCGAACUUCUCGGGUGGCAUGAAACUGCAAGCUCAUACUUAGAUACUUUGCGAUAUCUCCAGAAUACCAAAACCGCUCACACAUGGUUGUCGGUUACAGUCACGGAGAAAGGCGUUAACACGUCCGUUUACUAUCACAGCUUGGGAAAUGGACCGGACAACCAUAUGAUCAGCAAACCAUAA